AACCCUUGGCGUGCCGAGCGCAGCUGACUCUGCCCUGUCUUCUCUCCGCGUGAUCUCGAUCUUAAGCAGGAAGAAGCCAACUCAAAGAUGCUUAACUUGGGGCGGGGCGGGGGGGGGACCCCUUGCCCUUCCGAGCUGCUCUGCGCCUCGGCUAGAAAAAACGAGGAGCAGGAAACCCCCUCCUAGAAUGAACAGCUGUUGAAAAAAGGAUCUGGUCCCGUUUCUGGCCAAAGGGAGAGAAGUUCACAGCGCCGGCGGGGGGGGGGGGGGGGGGAGACCUCUCUGGGGGGCUCGCCUGGUUCCCCCUGGACGGGAGGGAGAGAGAGAGAAAGCGGGUGCCCUUGGUUCGCAAAGGGUUAAAAGGGAACGGAGCUACCAGGGGGGGGGGUCCUCAGAGCAGAAGCCCCCCCCCCCUUGUCUCUGCUCUGCCAAGGAUGCGCACAAGGUCCUGGGACUCGGUGAGCCUCUUCUGUUUCCUGCCAUGGAGUGCCUUGGGGAGAAGGGGGGGGUCCCAGGACUGUAAAGGAGGAUGCUGGGGGGGGGGCAGGUUCAACUUAUGCAUGGGGAGCCCUCCAAGUCGAGGUGCAGAGGGUGUUAAGCAUAAUGGUUUAAUUUGCUGAAAUGGGAAUGUUGACUUACGUUAAAUUACCUUUCCUCUGGCCCAGUUGGCCCUCGGGGGAUUGGGCAGGUAAGAAUCUGGCCCUUAGAACAAGGAAUUGGGGACGCCACCCCACUCAUCUGUCGGCAGCACUUUGGAGGUUCCUGGUCUGCCCCGCAGAGGACAUUAAGGUCGUUGAAUAAUCAUAAUUUAGAGGCCCCGGGCCCGAAGGAAGUCAGACUAUCCUCCACCAGGGCCAGGGCCUUCUCAGUGGUGGCUCCGACCUGGUGGAAUGCUCUGUCCCAGGAGACUAGGGCCCUGCAGGAUUUAACCUCCCUUCGCCCAGCCUCUAAGACAGAGCUAUUUCACCUGGCUUUCAACUUGAACUUAGCCUGAUCUUUUAUUCCCUUCCUUCCCUCCCCCUCCCCUUUUUAUGAAGAUUCCCUGCUCUGGGAUCCCACAGCUCAUUCUCCCCUGGUCUCCUCGCUGGCCCAAAUAGGACUAAUUUAGCCAGCUAGCCCUGGUGAUCAUCUAAUGUUUAUUGGAUGGAUUUCCCCCCCUAAAUUGAUUUUUGAAUUCUGAAUUUAUUGUCAUUCACGUUUUAUACUGUAUUUUAUGCUUGUUUUUUUGUUGCAUCAAUUAAGUGUUUUAAAUUUGUUGUUAGCCACCCUGAGCCCGGUUUUCUGAACCGGGAAGGGCGGGGUAUAAAUAAAAAAAUAUUAUUAUUAUUAUGCUGCAAAAUGAAACUGAAGCAGGGAAGAAACAGGCAGUCCAGCCCUGAUUCCUAGUAAGUCUUAUCCACACAUGCUCAGGUAACCUCUUUCUUCUAGUGCACGCAUGUCCCAACAGGUAGAUCAUGAUCUAUCGGUAGAUCACUGGAGGUCUGUGAUGGAUCACUGGCUCCCCACAAAGAACCUCAACAAAUUUGCCUCAACAAAAAUUUGCCCCAAAUUUGCCCCAACAAAAAAGUGGGUAGAUCGCUGCCAGUUUUUAACUGUGUGUAGAUCGCAGUCCCUUGGGAGUUGGCCACCCCUGUUUAGCGGUUCUUCAGUUUUAUCACAGAAUUAUGGAUUUGCUUUGUAGGAUUUGUGAGCACCUCUAAAUCAGACAGACAGACAGAACGUGGCAGAAGAUUCCUUCUGAUUCCUUCUGAUCUCUUGGAGGCUUUCUGAGAGCACAGAUGGAUGAGCAAGACUCAGCUGGCCCUGGAGCAGGAAGAGGCCAUGCCAUGGAAACGGGGAGCAGUGGGGGAUUCUGGGAAAACUCCACGCAGAAGAUCCUGGGUGAGGAGGACACUCUCCGCUCAGAGGUGCAGAGCCAGCCGUUCAGGCAGUUCUGCUACCAGGAGGCCAAAGGACCCCGAGAGGUUUGCAGCCGACUCUACUGCCUGGCCCAUCAAUGGCUGAAGCCAGAAAGGCACACGAAAGCUGAGAUGCUGGACCUGGUGAUCUUGGAGCAGUUCCUGGCUGUCCUUCCUCCGGAGAUGGAGAGCUGGGUGAGGGAAUGUGGAGCUGAGACCAGUUCCCAGGCGGUGGCCCUGGCCGAAGGUUUCCUCCUGAGUCAGGCAGAGGAGAGAAAGCAGGUGAGAGAGACUUUCCUCUGGAAACUCCCAAGGGGCUCCACACCAGAGGGAGAGUAUCCCAAAAUGCUCUACUAAGGGCCCCUUUUUUUGGAAUGCAUCCAAGGAAUGAGAUCUGAUACCUGCCAAGUUUUUGCUUCUGUCAUUCUUUUUCUGAUCCUUCUCCCCAUUCCCUGUUUUGAAUCCUUGUUGCUCUUUCAGAUAAAGAAUCUGUUAGCAGAAAUGGACAUUGAUUCCUGUGAGGCAGAGAAGACUCCGAUGGACACCAGAGAGAAGCCACUGGGUAAGUAGGGAGUUAUUUCUCUCUUUGAUCACAUUCUGUUGAUUUUGAAAGUAAUUUGUGGGUUAUUUUCAUCUUUUCGUAGGGGAGACACUUGGGGCCAAGAGCCCAGGGGAGGAGAGGUGUGUUUUUACACAAUUAAAAUAUGAAAUGGGUAAAAUACAGUGGUGCCUCGCAAGACGAAAUUAAUUCGUUCCGUGAGUUUUGUCGUCUUGCGAUAUUUUUCGUCUUGCAAAGCACGGUGUCGGGAAAGUUUUGGAAAAGCUUCAAAAAUCACCAAAGUCUUUAAAAACUUCAAAAAAGGCUACCACACCGCGUUCUAUGAGUUGCUCCUCGAAGUCAAGUCGCAACUGUAUUAACGGUGUUAAGAAAAGGAAACAAACUUGCAAGACGUUUCCGUCUUGCGAAGCAAGCCCAUAGGGAAAAUCGUCUUGCGAAGCAGCUCAAAAAACAAAAAACCCUUUCGUCUAGCGAGUUUUUUGUCUUGCGAGGCAUUCGUCUUGCGAGGUACCACUGUAUCAGAAGGGAAUAAGCAAGGGACGCUUUCACAAAGGCCCGUCUAUAUUUAGAGAUGCACUCCUGAACCUCAGAGAGAAGCAGGAAUUCAUGGCUUCCCACUUCCCUUUGUCUCUGGCAGGUGACAGGAUGAUGCCCACAAGACCUCCUCAUCUGUUUUUUCAUGGUGGCGAAGAGGAAGCAGCGGCUAUGGAAGCAGAUCAGGUAGGGGGCAGGAGGCUUGUGGGGAGAGAGGCUGAGGAGUGGGGCAGCCAAGGUGACUCCUUCCACCUCCUGCUUUCUGUCAAAGGUGCCCUGAAAAAAGGUGGCAAAUGACAUUAUGUGCUGAGAAUAAGGUCUAAACCACUGAGCCAAGGUUUGCCGAUCAGAAGGUCGGCGAUUCAAAUCCCCGCGAUGGGGUGAGCUCCCGUUGCUCAGUCCCUGCUCCUGCCAACCUAGCAGUUUGAAAGCACGUCAAAGUGCAAGUAGAUAAAUAGGUACCGCUCCGGCGGGAAGGUAAACGGCGUUUCUGUGCACUGCUCUGGUUCGCCAGAAGUGGCUUAGUCAUGCUGGCCACAUGACCCAGAAACUGUACACCGGCUCCCUCGGCCAAUAAAGUGAGAUGAGCGCCACGACUGGACCUAAUAUUUAAUAUUUGUGAUGGCCUGGGACUUGGGCUCGGACUCGGAUCCAGAAGAGUCUCAGUCUGCACUGCAUCCUUUGCCUCAGACGGCAUCUGAACCAAGUCUGGGGCCUGAUCCUGAAGAGUCCCAGUCUGCACAGGUUCCCCUGCAACAAGCACCAGCUGGGCCGAGUCAGGGGCCUGAGCCUGCCCUGGCUCCAGAUGUGGGGAUGACCUCAUUGCCUUCAGCCGGACCAUCGCUUACAGCUGCUCCACUGCUGGUCUGGUCAGGAGAGGCUGAGGCGGCCUCUGGGUCUAGUAACCCACUGACGUCUCCCGAGCUACAGAGACUGAGGUCUGAGAGAAGGAGAGACCUGAGUACUCGCAGGAGGAGUGCUCGCCUUUGGGCGAAACAGGGAGGUGAGUCACCGGGGAAUCAGGACUGGCCCCUACCCUGACAAAGAUAAAAGGCUGUCGGACCCCGCCCCAGGUUGCGGGAGCAACAUUGGUGUAUGCUAGAUCCUGCCUGAGAUCCUGUACCUGACCCUGCCUGGUUUCCUGCCUUGGCCCUGUCGGACUGACUCCUCGUGGAAACCUUGGAUUCGGGAUCGGACCUGGACUGCGUUUCUCGGGUUAACCCCCAGGGCCCAGCACACAAAUUGAUAAACCAUAAAAAACAGCCAGCCUUCAGCUAAUCAGGCUCAUUAGCUGCAGAAGGGGGCUCCCCACAUCUCCCUUCCUCCCAACGCUCUCUGGCGUUGGAAAAGUGCACGGGGAAAUGAGAGAGGGGAUUUUCCCAUCUGUCAAGUGGGAAUGUUUGCAUAGACAGAAUGAUUCGAGGAACACAACGUUCUGCUCAUUUAUACCAAGAUUAAUAUACAAAAUCAAAAUACAGAAUAAUUGGCAGGGAAGAUUUCCCAGUAAAUUUUAAAAAGGAAAUUGAAAAAAAGAAACAAAAGAGAAUGAAAUAUUGAAAACAAAGGAAUGGGUGGGGGAAAUGAGGAGUAAAAAAACAAAAAAGGGAAGCUCUAAUGCAGCGGUUCUCCACCUGUGGGUCCCCAGAUGUUGUUGGACUACAACUCCCCAUCACCCCUGAGCUCUGGCCUUGCUAGCUAGGGGUGAUGGGAGUUGUAGUUCAACAACAUCUGGGGACCCACAGGUUGCGAAAGGCUGCUCUAACGGGAAGUAAAAUAACUUGGUUUAACUGUAUACAAUUGGAGGAAUGGACAAAGAAAUUGGUAAGGGAAAAUAAGGAAUGUCGAGAAUAUACAAAAUUCAAAAAGGUGAUUAUAAAAAAGGAAAGAUGAAGAAAAAUAUAAAAGGGGAAACCAGUGAAAUUUACAAAAUAGUGGUAGAAUCGGAAGAUCAGCAAGAUCAACUAAAAGGGGUGUGCGAAAAGGAGUUAACAGGUCAGAUAAAUAGUCAGAGCUUGGGGAAAACAUGGGAGAAACAUCCUCUGAAAAGGAUAUCUAUAAGAAAAUAACUAUACUGUAAGGUAGUAUGGAGGUGGUAGUAACAGCAGUAAGACUAAAUCAAAUAGACAACAAACAUUUGGUGUUAAGUUGGAGGGGAUGUCAGGAAACUGGGACUUACCUUCAGAUGUGGUGGGUCUGUAAAUGUGUACAAAAUGUUUGGCAAAGGAUGUUGAAGGAGAUAAGAGAAAUGACAGGGUUAAGGCAGAAUGAAAGUCCAGAAAUAGCAUUGAUAUCAAUGUACGAUAAGGUUAAAUGUAUGCAAGCUAUGAAGGACUUAAUUACAAAUUUGUUGCAAGAAUUAUCAUAGCUAGGAAAUUGGGGGGGGAACAAGGUGGAUUUCAAAUAGAAGAAUGGUACAGUGGUACCUCUGGUUACAUACUUAAUUCAUUCCAGAGGUCCGUUCCUAACCUGAAACUGUUCUUAACCUAAAGCACCACUUUAGCUAAUGGGGCCUCCCACUGCUGCCGUGCCGCCGGAGCACGAUUUCUGUUCUCAUCCUGAAGCAACGUUCUUAACCCGAGGUACUAUUUAUGGGAUAGCAGAGUCUGUAACCUGAAGCAUAUGUAACCUGAAGCGUAUGUAACCCAAGGUACCACUGUAUAAAGAAGUGUGGGAUAUAGCAAUUAAUGGUAAAUUAAUGUGUGCUUAUCACAGUAAGCAGGGGAAUGUGGAAGAGAAUUUAUUUUGAGAAAAUAUAGAAGUAUUUGUGGAAAUUGUAUUAUGAUAAAUAAUGGUAUCGGGGCGGGGUGCAAAUUUUGAUUUGUAUUAUUAUUACUUUGUUUAAAAAUCACAAUAAAUAAAAAAAUCACAAUAAAAUACACAACAAUUCCCUCUUUCUUUUAGGGUCCGGUGUGCUUUGAUGAUGUCACCGUUUGUUUCACGGACGAGGAGUGGGCGUUGCUGGAUCCUGACCAGAGAGCUCUGCAUGGGGAGGUCAUGGAGGGGAAUCGUGGGAUCCUGGACUCCCUUGGUAAGGCUCCCUGCUGGGUCAUAAUAUCUGUUUUGAAAUUCUAAGCGUAUCUGUAUCUGAUUAAACACCAAUAUUUUGAUGGAGCUCAACAGGACAACCUACAGACCUGGAAUUCUCCCACCCCCAUGGAGAGCUAUUGUCUGUUUCAUCUGCGAAUAUUGUUCCUCCAGUUACAGCUUUUUCAACCACGAUCAGCCUUGUCUGAACUCACCGUGCCGUUUUAAAUGUAGGAUUUAGAGUGGUUGGGGAGACUGAGGUAGCUUCUGUCAGGUGUUUUGUUUUUUGUUUUUGCUUCUGUCCAUUUUCAAAAGAGAUGACUGACCUUGGAGAUGGACUGGAUUCCAUGAAUGGGCCAAACAAAAUCCAUCCCAGAAAAGGGACAGGCUUUUUGAAUCUCAGAUUCCCAUAAGUAUGUAAGUUAAUACCAGUCAACAAAGGCAGUGAACUCUGCAGUAAGAUCUCACAUCUAACUCUCUUCAGCUCAUUCUCUUUCACAAGCAUUCAUUAGCAUUGUUCUAGAAUUACAGAAGGGACGCGGGUGACGCUGUGGGUUAAACCACAGAGCCUAGGACUUGCUGAUCAGAAGGUCGGCGGUUCGAAUCCCCGCGACGGGGUGAGCUCCCGUUGCUUGGUCCCUGCUCCUGCCCACCUAGCAGUUCGAAAGCACCUCAAAGUGCAAGUAGAUAAAUAGGUACUGCUCUGGCGGGAAGGUAAACGGCGUUUCCAUGCGCUGCUCUGGUUCGCCAGAAGCAGCUUAGUCAUGCUGGCCACAUGACCCGGAAGCUGCAUGACGGCUCCCUCGGCCAAUAAAGCGAGAUGAGUGCCACAACCCCAGAGUCAGCCACGACUGGACCUAAUGGUCAGGGGUCCCUUUACCUAGAAUUACAGACUCCAUCUCUUCCUGAGGCUCUAAUUAGCUUCUUUCCUUGUUUGUAGGUAAUGAUGAAUUAGAAAUGAAGAACGAAGGAGAAAUCCACACAGAGGAGAAGCCUUAUCAAUAUUUGGAGUGUGAAGAAAGCUCUAGUCAGAGCUCCGAUUUCACUUCUCAUCAAAUAAAUCCCAUUGGGAAGAAACCCUAUCAGUGCUUGGAAUGCGGAAAGAGCUUCACUCGGAACGAAAGUCUCACUUGCCAUCAGAGAAGUCACACAGGAGAGAAACCGUAUCAGUGCUUGGAAUGCGGAAAGAGCUUCACUCGGAACGAAAGUCUCACUUGCCAUCAGAGAAGUCAUACAGGUGAGAAACCCUAUCAAUGUUUGGAAUGUGGGAAGAGCUUCACUCGGAAGGAAAGUCUCACUUCUCAUAAGAGAAUCCACAGUGGGGAAAAACCUUACCAGUGCUUGGAAUGUGGAAAGAGCUUCCACGCAGGCACAAACUUCCGUCAACAUCAGAGAAUCCACUGUGGGGAGAAACCAUUUCAAUGCCGAGAGUGUGGAAAGAGCUUCAUUAGAAAAAAAGAUCUCACUUCCCAUCAAAGAAUUCAUACAGGUGAGAAGCCCUAUCAGUGCCUGGACUGUGGAAAGAGCUUCAGUCAGAGCGCCCAUCUCUUGGUCCAUCGGAGAAUUCAUUCAGGGAGGAAACCCUAUCAGUGCUUGGAAUGCGGAAAGACCUUCAGUCAGAGCGCCCAUCUCACUGCCCAUCAAAUAACUCACCACAAGGUGAAGCCAUAGUAACGGUUGUCUUUAGGAAACUUUAAUUAUCAUGCAAGUGAGGCUUGCAACGGCGUUCUUGGUCUUCGGCCACCCAGCAAAGAAGUUGACCGUGCCUCUCAAGACCGUUGAAUGCACACUUGACAUCCGAUUGAGAAGCAAUUCAUGUACUUCCACCUCGAAAGCCACCAAGUUGCAAAUUUGUGGUGCUCCUGACCACCACUGUCAUCUUCAGCAUAACCAAGAUGAUAGUGGUGUUAGCUUCAAGCUCUUCCUGGAGUCUGCUGAACACACACAGGACACUUCUUAGAAAAGCCACAAGUUUCAUACUUUCCUCUGUGAGAAGGUUUAGUCAAGAAUUCCGUUGCUGCCGUUCUCUGUCUAAUAAUUGACAGAGGACGGCAGCAAUGGAACAACACGGCUUACUGCAGGGGUAGCGUCGGACACCCUUUCCCAGGCCAUGUGGACAGAGCACCAGAUCUUGACCAGAGGGACAUUUUUGUCAGGGGCUCACAUAUAUUCCUCAAGUAGGUGACCCUGUUCUCCUUCUGUGCCAGUGUUAACAGAGAGUCUGUCACAAUGGAUAAGGUGUUUAUGAAACUGUGCUGGACGCUUGCAUGGUCUCUAGCCCAAAGCCUUGCUUCUCUCUUCACAUAAGGCCUUGCUCACCACAUACUGUCGGUUCUAACACGCCCAAGAAGUCUUCUCCAGAUUUUGAAACGUGCAACUUUUGUCUGUAUAACUUUAGCCUAUGUGUAUCCUGCUUACCAAACUGUCACCUGUGGUCCAUCUGUCCCCAGCUAUUACUGAAUGUGAAGGUCUCUAUUGUAACAUUAGAACAUGUUACAAUAUGCUUUGAAGGUUCUUUUAUUAUUAUUAUUAUUAAAGAUUUUCUUGAUUUAC